UUUCUGACCGCAGGCGAAAUGAAACUACCGUCCAUUUUCUUUUUCUUCGCCAUUAGUUACGCCGUUUGUCUCGUCACGUGGAUCACCAACAUUCUUGCAAUUCGCCAAGGCAACGCCGGUCACUUUGGUCGCAACGGCCAAGGUGCUAACGUUUACGCAAUACACUACCUGAUGGCUGUCUUGCUCCUCUUUAAAACGUUAGCUGUCCUGUGCGAAUCGCUGCGUUACCAUAAAAUCCGGAGAACAGGCCACGCCGAAGUUUGGUCCGUCUUUUACAGCAUCUUUGGAUUUAUCAAGGGCGUCUUCCUCUUUACCGUCAUUCUGUUGAUUGGGUCAGGAUGGUCGUUUGUAAAACCAUGCUUAACGAACAAAGAAAAGAAGUUGGUUGCAUUUCUACUUACCUUACAGGUAGUCAACCAAAUCGCUUUGAUUGUCUUGUCUCAGAGAACCGAGGGAGAAAAUGCGUUUGAGAAAUGGACAGCCGUGUUACACUUGGUAGAUAUCCUUUGCUGUUGUGCGGUAUUAGUACCGAUUGUAUGGCAAGUCAACGCGCUGGAAAAGAGCGUCACGGAAGACGGCGAAAACGAUAGUGCUAUUUUGGCCAAACUCAAACUAUUUCGGGCUUUCUACCUUUUGGUUGUCGCAUAUAUAUACGCUACGCGGAUCCUGGUAUAUCUUUUUGCGACCAUCUUAGACUAUCAUCAUCUCUGGGUCCGAUAUUUUGUAGUCGAACUGGUAACGCUCGUUUUUUACGUCGUCGUUGGGUUCAUUUUCCGGCCU